AGCUGAUAGAUGAAAACACAUGAGGAUUAGUCUACAUAUUCAAGCAGUCACAGCUGCCGCAUCUCAUUGUGGGAACAUGAAAAGUUGCAGAUUACCCCUGUGACAUGAGCUCAUUAUUUCGUUAUGUCAUCACUAAACGGUCGGAGUGAUGAUGCAAGACAAGAUUAUGAAUAUUUUCAAUUGUUCGAUCCGGAUGAUUCCGAUCUGGACGAAGAGAUGGAUCCUGAUGUGAAGAUUUUGCUCCAGGAAUCAGUUCGACAUCGUUCGUAUCUUGUGAGGAACCAAAAUGAGACCACGGACUUUGAUAUUGUCAAAGUAUUCAAAAGGAUCGGCCUAAAGAAACUGUUUUUGGUCAUGGGACUUUUGGCAACCGUCUUGGUUGUGGCCGUGAUUUGUGUAAGUCUUGGAUUGGGGGUGAGUGCUAGACCGGCAGACGACUCACUUGGGCCGAACCCUGUAGUUCCUAUUGUCAAAGGAGCCACCAAAACAAAAUACGUUCCACCAAUCUCCUCAAGUACUUUAGGAAACUACUCUAAAGCCGCAGUGUCGGUUGACGGGAAACCCUGCGCAGACAUUGGACUGGAUGUCCUGAAGAGAAACGGAACUGCAGUGGAUGCGGCCAUUGCAGCCUUAUUUUGCGAUGGUCUCUACAGUGCUCAUAGCAUGGGAAUCGGUGGCGGGUUCCUCAUGACCAUCUUUAUCAAGGAAACCGGCGAGAUCGUCACUCUGAAUGCAAGAGAAACUGCCCCAGAAUUGUCUCAUCCAGACAUGUUCAAUGGCGACCAACAGCUAGCCCAACGAGGUGCUUUGGCGGCCGCUGUUCCCGGCGAGGUGAAAGGCUAUUGGGAGGCCAAGAAGCGUUACGGCAACCCGGACGUGUCUUGGGCAAGCUUGAUUCAACCAUCCAUCGACAUGUGCCGUCAAGGGGUUUAUGUAUCGUUCUCAGCCGCUAAUGCCAUGGAAGAUCACCCGGAAAAUGAGCUGAUCUUCCAAGACCCUGGAAUGAAAAGCCGGUUUGUGAAUCCAGCCACUAAUCAGACAUGGAAAGAGGGAGACUUUUACAAGUGUGAGGACCUGGCUGAUACUUUGGAAAGGAUUGCCACCCAUGGAGCGGAUGAUUUUUACACUGGUCAAAUAGCCAAGAACCUGGUCAAGGACAUUCAAUCGGCAGGAGGGAUCAUAUCCAUGGAGGACAUGAAAAAUUAUGAGGUGAAAUGGGAACCGUCUGUGAGCGUGAAGAUUGGUGACAAUGUCUUCCAUAGUGUUCCACCACCGGGAAGUGGCACUGUUUUGGCCUACAUCAUGAAUAUCAUGAGCUACUACCAUCUUUCCCCGGGUGAUGAUCAACCAUUGUUUUACCACCGUUUGGCCGAAGCAUUCAAAUAUGCGUACGCCAUAAGAACCAAACUUGGAGAUCCCAAUGAUGAAGAUAUUGCCGAAGAAGUGUUGGGAUUAGUCAAGAAUAUGACUUCAGACACAUGGGCCUUUGAAUCGUUUUCUAAGAUUAACGACUCUUUCACCAUCAACGAUCCAGAGUAUUAUGGAGCGGAUUUUUCCAUUCCAAAUGAUCAUGGCACUGCCCAUUGUUCAGUGGUAUCUCAAAAUGGAGAUGCUGUGACUGUUACAAGUACCAUUAACCUCCAUUAUGGGGCCAUGUAUUUGUCGCCCUCAACUGGAAUCAUAAUCAAUGACGAAAUGGAUGAUUUUUCGUACCCAAAUAUCACCAACAACUUUGGAGUGCCACCCUCGUCCAAUAACUUUGUCAAGCCAGGAAAACGCCCUUUGUCAUCUAUGGCUCCAGCCAUUGUGACAGAUGGAAAAGGCAACCUCAAAUUAGUCAUUGGAGCGGCUGGGGGAACCAAGAUUACAACCUCAAUCGCUUACACUUCGAUUCGCAACUUAUGGUUUCAAGAGAACAUCAAACAAGCCAUCGAUUCUCGCCGAAUCCAUCACCAGCUCGUUCCAAUGCAAGUGGAUUACGAAGUAGGCUUGGAUGAGGAUGUUUCGACGUUUUUAAUGGAACGAAAACACAAACUUCGACAGCAAGAUUUGGGCAAAUCCGUGGUUUGUGGCAUCACAAAAGAAGAGAACGGACGUUUGUUAGCCAAUGCAGAUUUCAGAAAGGACGGGGGCGUGGCCGGUUUUUGAACACUUGAGCACAAAAUGAUGCAUACUGUAUUGUAUUUAUUCUUGUUAUGUGCAGAUGAGCUUCAAGAGCAAUAAAACUGGAAGCAUGGCAACAUGUAAAUGAGCCUGA